AUGGCUGCAGGCGUGAUCCAGCCUCUCUGUGACUUCCAGCUGCCCCUGCCCUCCCUUCGGCCCUUCCUGCCCCCAGACCCAGAGCCCCCGGACACUUCGGAGGAGGAGGAGGAGGAGGAGGAGGAGGAGGAGGAGGAGGAGGAGGAGGAGGAGGAGGUAGGGGAGGAAGACGAAGAGGAUCUGGAGGGUGAGGGGCCAGGGGCCCACAGCCCAGCCCCCCACAGCUCAGGUUGGGCCAUAGUUGCCCCAGAAGAGGCCCCUCCAGGUCCGAGCAGCCCCGAGAUGCCACUGCAGCUGCUGCGGUUCUCUGAGCUCAUCAGCGGCGACAUCCAGAGGUACUUUGGCCGAAAGGACGGGGGGCAGGACCCAGACGCCUGUGACAUCUACGCCGAUGGCCACCCCGCCAGCAGCUCAGCCAGGGAGCUUUACUAUGCAGACCUGGUGCACCUGGCCCAGGGAGGGUCCCCCAAUGAUGACAAGGCUGCUGAGCCUGGGGUCCACUCUCCCAGGGGUCCCCAGGGGCAGGUGCAUGAGACAGGCCUUGGCGGAGAAAGGGUGCAGCCGCUGGGGCCCCUGGCCGAGUUGUUUGACUAUGGACUACGGCAGUUCUCAGUGCCCAGGGUGUCCGCCAGCCACCGGCUGAGGCUGGAGCAGAAGUACGGCCACAUCAGACCCAUGACGCAGAGGAAGCUGCCCCCCUCCUUCUGGAAGGAGCCGGCGCCCAGCCCCCUGGGCCUGCUGCACCCCGGUACUCCCGACUUCAGUGACCUGCUGGCUAGCUGGUCAGUGGAGGCCGGCCCAGAGCUGCCAGGCAGGGGCACCCAGGCCCUGGAGGGGGUGCAGCUGGCCGAGGCCCAGUGA